UUGACGAGGUGUGUUGAGUCUCGUGCGUGUGCGCCCUCUGUUAACGCAGCAGCCGCAGUAGGAUCGCCAAAUUAUAAUUCGAGACAACUCUGGCCAUCAGACUUACGCGGGUGUCAUUAGAGGCACACUAAUUUGCGGUGAGAUAUUGACGUUAUUAGAUAAAUAGCUGCUUUGGACCGUUAUUACGCAUUUGGCCGUUAAAAUAAUUGCAUAGCAUUCAAUCGCACGCGUCAUCAUUAGCCACGAAGCUUCAGUGGAUGUAUGCAAACUGCAUGCGCACGUACACAAUGAUUAUUUAUGUUUGUAUUAUAAUAGUUUGAAUGUUACAGUCCUUUGUCAAUCAACUGCUGGAUGAAGGCCUCCUCCGCACGCCGGGUUUAAACAUGGGUGUUGUUCGACCAUACUUCACCGCUCUGGUCACUGCGAGUUGGUGAACACGGAGCCUUCGGACCAGUUCAGACAUCGUUCGCCACCGAUGUUAUAGCCACGGUCGGGAAUCGAACUCGGGUGGGUCUAGGUUCAAUGCACAUCGCACGAAGCACUGUUCCCACUGCCUCCUCCACACAAUGUACAACAUGUGAAUACGCAUCCGAAGUGUGCAGAGCGCGCGUAUACGAACAGCGCAUUCGGACAAAGCGAAGAACAAAACGAAAUCAAAACAAAAUCACGGAUAGGCAGAUUGUUCCGCGGUGGUGAGCACUGAGCACCAGGCUGUGCUCGAUCACUGUGAUUCAGAACAUGAACCGCGCCGAGCCUCAAGACCGGUUUCCAGGAGGGGUUCUGCAAUUAGCGUGUUUGUAUAAUUCACGAUGCGUUUAUUUGUAUUGUUGGCGAUUAGAAAAGGAAAGGGAACGUACACAACUCCGUACAGAUGGCGCCGUGCGCUUCUCUCUCGAAUCAUUCGGGCGAGGCUUAGUCGACCACGAGAGAAGCGAACGUUUCAUCCUCGGAGAAGGAGCUCGAGAAGUACACGGAACGGCUCGUGAGACGCGUGCUGUACUGUGGUCAGCGCUUUUGCGCUGAUGCUGAAUUCCCCCACCCAUCACCCUUUCGCUCGCUCGCUCACUCACUCACCCACCCACCCCUCCACUCUCGACUCUGACAGGUGGUCUGGCUGCGGUGGGGAGGGGAAGGUAGGGGAAGAGGCGAGAGAGCGAGGGAGGGAGUGGACGGGAGCAACUGUUGAGGUGCACGCCCAGACACACCGCGCGCACACAGCCAGCGAUGAUGAUGAUGAUAUAGUCGUCUCUCUCGCUCGCUCGUUCGCUCUCCUGCGCGCGCGCGCAACACGCGGACACGCGCGCAUUAACCUGGCCACGUGCGCGCGCACGGACACACACACAGAGAGAUACACACACACAGACAGACACACACGGGCACACACACUCACCUACACACUCGCUCACUUACACAAUUACUCCACUCAGAACAAAUGUCAAUCGCGGCUUUGCGGUUUUUUGCGCGCGCCACGGUUUAGCUAUUAAACACCGGCCGAGAGACGGAGAAGACGAAUAAUAAGUAGAAUUUUUUUUCUAAAAAAAAGCAAGACGUAGAAGAAAGAAGGUGGGGGGGGUGGUGGAGGGGGUGCGGCGGGUGGUGAUGGUGGGUUGUGGUAGUGGUGGUGGUGCCAGUGGUGGUACUACAAAACAAGCGACUUAAAACUAUUAACAAAGUUACAUCAGCGCUUUUGCGCGCGCUCGUCUCUAUAUAUACGAGGCCGCGGCUGCCGCUGCGGCGUCUGCAGACCGAAUGCGGAUCACGUCGGACGAAAGAACCGGGGCGACAAUCAGCGAGUCAUGCGGAGACAGCGCGUGGAGGAGACGACAGAAGAGCGAUCUCUCCACCGAGGGACGAAAACUGUUUGAGCAGCGCCGAGCUGCGUGACUGAACCGGGACACAGUCGCGCCCUUAGCAGCACAACGAGAGACAACCCACCCGGCUGCAUCAUUAUCAGCAGCAAGCAAGCAUCAAGACACCUCGGACGCUCAACUCGCAUCAGCAGUCGACCCGUGCGAGCACACACCGCGAACUGCCACGCGCGAGCUGGUCGGCAACACGGACAGCAUCAUGUAUGCGCGCAUCCGCCGCUGGAUACUGCAUUGCCUCCUGACUGUUGCGGUCUUCUACUUUCGCAUAGGGGCACUUUCCACGGUCAUGGCACUGGGCGCCAACAUCAUCUGCAACAAGAUCCCGGGACUGGCACCACGGCAGCGGGCACUGUGCCAGAGCCGUCCGGACGCGAUCAUCGUGAUCGGCGAGGGCGCGCAGCUGGGAAUCAGCGAGUGCCAGCACCAGUUCCGAUUCGGCCGCUGGAAUUGCUCGGCGCUGGGUGAGAAGACGGUGUUCGGCCAGGAGCUCAAAGUUGCAGGCAGCCGAGAAGCGGCCUUCACGCACGCGGUGCUCUCGGCCGGAGUCGCGUACGCCAUCACGGCGGCGUGCAGCCAGGGCAACCUGAGCGAGUGCGGCUGCGACCGCGCCAAGCAGGGCUUCUACAACGCGCAGGAGGGCUGGCGCUGGGGCGGCUGCUCUGCCGACCUUCGCUACGGCCUCGAGUUCUCGCGACUCUUCGUGGACGCGCGCGAGGUCAAGCAGAACGCGCGCACGCUCAUGAAUCUGCACAACAACGCCGCAGGGCGCAAGGUGCUGGAGGAGAAGAUGAAGCUGGAGUGCAAGUGCCACGGCGUGUCGGGUUCGUGCACCACCAAGACGUGCUGGACCACGCUGCCCAAGUUCCGCGAGGUGGGCUACGCGCUCAAGGACAAGUACGACGAGGCGGUCCACGUGGAGCCGGUGCGCGCCAGCCGCUACCGCUACCCCGUCUUCCUCAAGGUGAAGCGCUCGCGCGCCUACCGCAAGCCGCUCGACACGGAGCUCGUGUUCACCGAGCGCUCGCCCAACUACUGCGAGGAAGACCAGCUGACGGGGAGCGUGGGCACGCGCGGCCGCCUCUGCAACCGCACGUCGCCGCACGCCGACGGCUGCGACCUGCUGUGCUGCGGCCGCGGCUACAACACGCACCAGUACACGCGCGCGUGGCAGUGCAACUGCAAGUUCCACUGGUGCUGCUACGUGCGCUGCAGCACGUGCAGCGAGAGGACAGAGGAGUACACGUGCAAGUGACGGCGGCGGCGGCGGCGGAUCGCUCGCUCGCUCGCUCGCUCGCUGGGACGCUGGCCCCGACUCUCCCGCAGGCUCGAUCGCUCGCCCUGUCGAUAGUCGGCUGUGCCCCCCUUCACCCCCGCCCCCCCC